AUGGACGCAACAAUGUCUUAUUAUCUCUACAACCCUUCCAAGCCUUUGGCAGGAGUGGCUGCUGGCCUCUUUGGCCUGAGUUUCCUUGUGACGCUCUACCAGAUCAUACGAAAAAAGGCUUGGGUUUGGAUCUUUAUGCUGUUAGCCAUCGCUAUGGAGGUUGUUGGAUAUGCCGCCAGGAUCAAGUCUGCCUCUGAGCCCACCGAAAAGAAGCCAUAUGUGCUCCAAUUUACACUCAUCAUCCUCCCUCCGGUAUUGAUGGCCGGUGUGAUUUAUGUCAUCUUUGGUAGAAUUGUCUACUGGGUUGUCCCUCCUGAGUCGAGGACACUGCGCUUUCUUUGGGUUCCUCCUCGUUUUAUCACCCUUCUCUUCGUUGGCUUCGACGUGAUUUCUCUCAUCCUCCAGCUCGUUGCCGCAAUCUUCAUUGCUGGCACUGAUCCCACAGACUCCAAUGCGAAACAGAAGCUCAACCUUGGCAAGACUCUUGGUCUUGUUGGUGUGAGCACUCAGAUUGCUGGAUUCGGUCUUUUCACUAUUGCAGCAAUUCGUUUCCAUUUUGCAGCCAGGAAGCUGAGCCCUGAGUUCGCAAGACAGAACCAGGAAAAGUAUGACAUCACUAAGAAGUGGCAGACGUUGUUGACUGUGGUCAAUGUGUCAUGCCUUCUUAUCUUGGUUCGUUCUGUGUACCGUGAGGUUGACUUUGCUGGUGGCAAAGACGGAAAAACACAUCAGGAAGAGUGGUUCCAGUACGUCUUCGAUACAUUGCCAAUCCUCAUUGUCGCCUUUCUCUAUAAUGUGUUCUUCCCGUCCAGCUUUCUCGCACAUCUCGGUUUCAAGGCACCAAAGGAUAUAGGAACCGCGAUCGAUGUCGAGAUGUCGAACAAGAAAACUUCAACUUCAGAGUCCACAUAA